UUCGGUUCAGUAGGCGUGCAAAAUUCAUAUCUUCCGCCGAAUAACAGUCUUUUCAAUUUUCACAAAACGAGACUCUUCAGAUAAGGAGUACUUCGUAUGCUCGCCAGCAUUUCCGAUCAAAAGGCAAGCUCUUUCCGCUCUCGGUUCAAUAUCACAACGUAAUCCAGAGAGAAAAGGAUUCUAAGAAAAUGGAACAGAGCAGAAGAAGAGAAAGUGCAGAAGGAGAAGGUCCAGCGAUAGGGAUCGAUCUGGGAACAACAUACUCUUGUGUCGGAGUUUGGGAGCCACAGCAUGAGCGUGUCGAAAUCAUCACCAACGAUUUAGGCACCCGUACGACGCCGUCGUGGGUUGCCUUCACCGUCGUGGGUUGCCUUCACCUUCUGUCCCUGGUAACGUUCAAGGAAGAAGAUGAAGAUCCGUCCCUGGUGGCAGAAAGAGCCAGCACAUAUCUCCCCGUCAAACCCUCUCCAGCUUACGAGUGGCUAUUUUUUCAACUGUGAAUUUGCUUUCUUCUCCCAAAACCUUGUUCAUAUAGUAAUGGCUAAUAAGAACAAAGAGAGGAGUAGCAGUUGUUCAAGAUGGUCUCUCUCGAGGAUGACCGCUCUUGUUACUGGAGGCACUCGUGGAAUCAGGCUUGCGGUAGUGGAGAAACUGGCUGAAAUGAGCGCUUGUGUAUACUCAUGUUCUAGGAAUGAAGAACAGUUGAACCAGUGCUUGCAAGAUUGGGCUUCUAAAGGCCUCAAAAUUGGGCUCCUAAAGGCCUCAAAGUCUCGGUUCCGUCUUUGACAUCACGUCCAGAGAUCAACGUGUGCUUCUCUCGCUGAAGGUUUCCUCUGCCUUUGAUUGAUGGCAAGCUCAAUAUUUUUGUUAACAAUGUUGGGAAAUCUAUUUUGAAGCCUACCGUUGAGUAUGCAGCUGAAGAAUACUCGUAUGUAAUGCAUUGGUAUAUGUUACUGGCUUAGAGUCUUCUUACCAUGUUGCUGGCUUGGUACAUGUUUCCGUUGGAUCUAUUUAUGGCGCUACCAAAGGAGCUAUGAACCAACUUACUAAGAACAUGGAUUGUGUAGCACCUUGGUAUAUCAAAACCUCUCUGGCUGAAGAGGUACUUGCAAACAAAGAGUAUCUGAAGAGGGAACCUGAAGAGGUUUUCAUCACUGAUUGCUUUCCUUGGUCUUCCAAUUCUCUUAUGUAACUGCUCAAGUUGUUCAUGUUGAUGGUGCUACUGUGAAUGACUUUGAUUGCAUCCAAUUGAUUUCUUUGAUUGCAUUUUGCUAUUUUCUUUUCGGAUCCUUUGUAAAUAAUAUUACUUCUACCAUUUUAAUUAAAAAAAUGUACGGUUAAA